AUGGCCGACGCAAAUUUCGACAUUGUUAUUGUGGGAGCGGGUAUUGCGGGCUGCACCCUGGCGCGAGCCCUUGCCCGACAGGGCCGCCGCAUUCUCAUUUUAGAGCGCAGUCUCGAGCAACCAGACCGCAUUUCUGGUGAGCUCCUCCAGCCCGGUGGCGUGUGUGGCCUGAAGGAUCUUGGUUUGGAGGACUGCUUGGAGGGAAUUGAAGCCACACCUGUCAAAGGAUUUCAUCUAUACUGGAAGCAUGAACAAGCAACGUUUUGGUUCUGCUCUCCCGCUAUCGCAAAUGGCUCGGAAGUAGAGACUGGGAGGAGCUUUCACCAUGGUCGAUUGGUCGCCAACCUUCGGAGUGCGAUUCGCGAAGACCCAACAGUUACUUUGAUAGAGGCUACGGCAUGCGAAAUACUGCGUGAUGAUCCAACGGGACGCGUGAUUGGGAUCAAGUGUUCAAAGGGUAAUGGUGACUUGGUUCAAAAGUAUUUCGGAGACCUGGUCGUUCUUGCGGAUGGCCGGUAUUCCAACUUUCGCAGUCAAUUCUCGCCUUACAAACCCAAGGCGAACUCCAGAUUUUGGGGCCUUGAACUCUUAGAUGCCCAGCUUCCCCUUCGGGACUACGCCCACAGCGUCUUGGGCUCGGGCCCUCCGCUAUUACUUUACCAGCUUGGGAACAGGGAGACACGUAUCUUGAUUGAUAUCUUUAACAGAGACUUUGCCCAUUUGGGAGACCAGUCGGCGGUCAAGUCAUACAUCCUGGAACGAGUCCUGCCCACUCUUCCAGCCGAGAUUCAGGACAAUCUUCGAGUUGCCGUCAAUAAUGGUCGUCUCCGCAGCAUGGCCAAUUCCUGGAUGCCAGCGAGGAGGACUCGUGUGUCAGGGCUCGUCAUGCUUGGCGACUGCGCGAACAUGCGCCACCCGAUGACGGGGUCUGGGAUGACUGUUGCGAUCAAGGAUGCCAUUCUUCUCGCUGACCUUCUUCGGGUGGACAUUGUCCCAGAUCUUCGUGAUAGCGCACUUGUCCUUAAGCAGCUGGAGGCCUUUCACUGGAAACGGAAAAGGCACAGCGCGACUCUCAAUAUCCUCGCUCAUUGCCUCUACCACCUUUUCGCUUCAGAAGUUCUAGUCAAGAGCCUCGAGAUCAUGCAACGGGGGUUCAUCCAGUUUAUCCAAGGCGGCCCCAAGAACUUCGCACAGCCUGUGGCUCUUAUGGGGGGCAUUAUUGAAAAGCCUUUUCUUCUCUUUUACUACUUCUUCCGGAUCGCCAUCUUUAGCAUAUCGACACAUCUGAGAAGCGCGCGGAUUCUAGACUUCCCACUUGCCCGGGGCCCCGCGCUUCUCGGAGACUCUCCACAGGUGUAUCAGGGCCUCAAGCUGCAUUUCAACCUCGACCUCGUCAUCAAGUUAAGGUUCUAG